AUGGCGGCGCGGCUCACGCGCCACGGCCCCGUCCCGGGGUUGGCUGGGCCGGCCGCUCUUUCGCGGGGGGUGGGCGAGGUGGGGGGGCAGAGGCGGGGCGCCUGCGCAUCGGCGGCGGCGUCGUCUGAGGCGGCGAGUCCGUCUGAGGCGGCGGCCAUGGCGGGCCGCGGGUGGCCGCUGCUGCCGCUGCCGCUGCCGCCGGUGAAGGCGCUGUCGGUGGCGCUGAGCGAGGCGUCCGGCGGCGCUCAGGGCUACCGAGGCGGCCAGGAAGUCUCCGGGCAGGUGUCGCUGGAGGUGGCGGCGCCGUUGAGGCUCCGCGCUCUCCGCCUCGAGGCCUGCGGGGGAGCCCGGGCGGCUUGGACCGAAGCGCCGCCGAUGCAGCCGCCGCCUCCUCCUCCUCCUCCUCAGGCGACCGGGACCCGUCUGGAAGCGGAGGUGCCUUACCUGGAAGCCCGGCGGGAGCUGCUGCUGGCAGGUAAUGAAGGCUUCAUCCUUUUAGAAGCUGGGAAAUACGAAUUCCCUUUCAGUUUUCAACUCCCUCUCCACCCCUUGGCGACCUCUUUCGCAGGGAAAUACGGCAGCAUUCAGUACUUUGUGAACGUAACCCUGGAAAGCGCCAGCGGCCCCCAUCUGACGGUGUCGAGGGAGUUUCAAGUGAUCAGCCACAUUGAUGUCAAUUCUCCUCUUCUCUUGAGUCCUGUAAGACAAACUCAAGAUAAAAUGGUUGGGUGCUGGUUUUUCACUUCAGGUCCAGUUUGUUUGAGUGCCAAAAUCGAUAGGAAAGGGUUUUGUAAUGGUGAAGUGAUACCAAUUUAUGCAGAAAUCGAAAAUUGUUCCUCGCGGCUAAUUGUGCCGAAAGCUGCCAUUUUCCAAAUACAGACUUACGUAGUUAGAGGGAAAACAAAGACUUUUCGUCAAAUGGUUGCCAACGUGCGAGGAAACCACAUUGCCUCAGGAAGCACAGAUACCUGGAAUGGCAAAACUCUGAAAAUUCCACCUGUCACCCCUUCUAUCCUUGACUGCUGCAUUAUAAGAGUGGAAUAUUCCUUGGCUGUAUAUGUUCAUAUUCCCGGUGCCAAAAAGCUGAUGGUUGAACUGCCUUUGGUCAUUGGCACAAUUCCAUGCACUGCUUUUUCCAGCAGGAACUCAAGUUUUAUCAACCAGUUGGCUAUGGAUAUGAGGUGGCUGGCUCAGUCACUGCCAGAUCAUCCAGAAGCACCACCCAAUUAUGCUGAUAUAGUAUCGGAGGAAGAAUACGCAAGGCAUGUUACUGUUUAUCCGACUUCGGUGGAUUGUGACGAACAGCUGCGUUGUCCUAUGCUCGCCUACAUCCAAGAAUUCCGAUUUCAGCCGCCUCCUCUCUAUUCAGAGAUUGACCCCUAUCCUACUGAAAUAGAAGACAAUCGGCCGGUUUCACUCGUGGAUUAAGGGCGAUUCCAAAAAGCUUUGGUUUGGGUUUUUUUUUUUCCUACUGCCUCUGCUUGAAGCAAAGCUUUUUUUUUUAUUUUCUUCCAUUAAAGCAAUUUAAAAUUGGAGCAGGCACCAGAAGACCUAAAACUAAUCUUGAACAAGAAGGGAAGCAUGGAAGAAUGUGUUAUUGAAGUCAUUGGCCCACGCAAUGAAGCCUGGACAUUUUUGGGCCAGAUACUUAUUAUUUAUUCAAUUUUUAUCCCACCCCUCUCCCCUAUAUGUUGACUCUGGGCCAUAUCUGAGAAGAAAAUAUGUUUAGGUUGUAGUGCCUCUUCUUAGUAGUGUUCAGGAUAUUUCAGAGAGCAGUAAAACAACCAGCUUACAGAAGGUCUGCCUUUGGGAAUACAAAUAUUUGCAUCUGUAUCCAGAUACAAGAAUUUCUGGCCUGGAACAUUCAACUCCCUACCAAGAUUAUGUGAGCUUUUGACUCCGCAGAUUAUUCUUUCUUUUUUUUUUCCACGCGGAUAUAUCAUUCCUAAGAUUAAUAAUCACGGAGCGAUACUGUGAUAUUUUUACCGAGUCAGUGAUAUUAAAAAUUCUCUAUGCAAGGUUGCGUAGGCAGAAGCUUGGUAUCACUGCCAGCUUUGGAAAUUGCAAUUUUAGAGCCGAGGCUGGAUUUCAAGAGUCACUUUGCUCCGCACUUCAGAUGGUUGAGACUUCUUCUUUUUUUUUUUUUCCUGCUUCAACAACGUGGCAUGAUUGAAAGUUUGGGCUGUCCUAGCCCUUUCCAAAUCAGGACUUUUUCAGCAACUUGAGAUGCUGUGUCAGACUCACCACGACUUAAACCUCUACGUAAAAACAAUCCUUGGCUCCGAUCUUUGGGAUAGGUAAUAGUUUUAUUGCAAGUCAAGUGUAUUGCAGUCAAGCAUAGCCAGAACUGAGAACUGUACAGCAAAAUCCCUAAAUUAAACUUUUCCCUCCCUUAACUGUCUCCCAUCGCCAACCCACCCACCUCUCCCCCCAUGACCAAUCAGAUUCAAGCAAGAUGUUUUCAAAACGAUCAGUUCAAGCAUAGGCUGGUAUGCAGCUACCUUCUCCCAGCAGGGUGACCUUGAAGCAGCCUCUCGGGGAGAUACACCAGUUGUUUUCGCUUUUCCCCCCAAGCAUUCAACUCUUCCCAGAGUUCAUAGCAGACUGUCAGCGCAUGGCAGCAAUGUACACAAGCAAGCAUAAGGUGGCAGCUGCUUUGGCACUUAAUAUCAGCUAAGCUGAACAUAAGAGGGAUGCUUUUGCACUCUUUAAAAACUUGCAUAAUGAAUGAUGAAACUCUAUAGGAAUAUAUUCCAUGGAAUGAUAAAAAAGAUCCUGUAAAAAUAAAAAUCCCUCCCUCCUUCCUGGAAUGGGAGUCGAGACCAAAAAUAUUUUCCACUGAAAAUUCCAACUUGCCUUUCUUAGGAUUAACAGAAUCCAAAUAGAGAGAGAGUAUUAUUAACAGACCCAGAUAAUUUUCUGUGAAGUUUUAUGAAAAAUGAAUUACAGGUACUGUGAUACGUGGAUUUAAGAUUAAAUUAUUAUGGUGCAAUUAUUCUUUAAUUUGUUUCUCAGGUCACCGUGCUUUGCUCUGAGGGUAGAGUCUUAUAAUCUUCUUUCUUAAUUCCUGGAAAAUUCUGUACUGUAACCUUUUAUAGCCUUUGCACUACAACUCACGUCCAGAAAUAUUGCCCGUGUUUCCAUCCAUAAACCGGUGGUCCUCGACUUACGACCGCAAAAUUUCUGUCUCCAAGCAAGACCAAUUGUUAAGUGAGUUUUUGCUCUGUUUCACAACCUUUCUUCCCGCAGUUGUUAAGCGAAUCGCUGUAGUUGCUAAGUGAGAAGCACGGUUGUUAAGUGAAUCUGGCUUCCCCAUUGACUCUGCUUGUCAGAAGGGUCCCAAAAGGGGAUCAUCACAUGACACACACACCCCCAGAACACUGCAACCAUUGUAAAUGUGAGUCCGUUGCCAAGUGUCUGAAUUUGAACACAUGACCACAGGGGUGCUGCAACGGUCGUCAGCGUGAAAAAAACUUUUCAGUACCAUUGUAACUUUGAACGGUCACUAAAUGAACGGUUGUAAGUCGAGGACUACCUGCACUAAAACCAAUAGCUCGGCAGGGUGAAAAAUGCUCUAUUUUCUUCAUUGGUAGGCCACAGUGGCCAUCUGCACUAUGUACCUUUGUCUUUGAGCCGUGGUUAGAAUGCGGUACUGCAGGCUAAUUCUGCCAGCUGUCUGCAGUUCGGCAGUUCGAUUCUCACCAGGCUCAGAGUUGACUCAGCCUUACAUCCUUCCGAGGUCGGUAAAAUGAGAUUUGUUGGGGGCAGGAUGCUGACUCUGUAAACCGCUUAGCGAGGGCUGUAAAGCAGUGUGAAGCGGCAUAUAAGUGCUAUUGCGAUUGUUAUUGCUAUUGUCUUUCAGAAGUUUUAUGUUUGGACUAACAGUAUCUAUACCCCGAUCUCUAUUGUUGCACAUAUGCCCUACAUUUUUGGAUGUGCCUCUAUUCCAGAGGUCUUCAAAUUCGGCAGCUUUAAGGCUUGUAGACUUCAACUCCCAGGAUUCUGGGAGUUGAAGUCCACAAGCCUUAAAGCUGCCACGUUUGAAGACUUCUGCUCUAUGCCGCGUGCCCAGAUGAAGGACAGGGUGACAAAUUGAAACAAAGAAGUGUGGUGUUGGCACAGCAUAUGUCCUCUUGCAAAUUUUGACACCCCUGAUUGCAAGCUGAAUCCUAAAUAGAAGCGCCUUAUACUGGCCUGUACAUAAUGACUGAGCAAAGAGUGUCUUUUUUAACUUUUUACCAAUCUUUCAUGACAUUUGCCUGACUAGGUGGCUCAGUGGCUACCUAGUCAGUGAUUAGAAAGGUCAGCAGGUCGAAUCCCUACUACAGGUCUCCUACAUGAGCAGGGGGUUGGGCUAGAUGACCUCCAAGGUCCCUUCCAACUCUUACUGUUACAUUAGAAGAACCAAAAGAAGAGAGGUACUCUCGAGCUGUGUUUCUCAAGUUUGGCAAGCUUAAGCUGGAGAAUUCUGGGAGUUGAAGCCCACCUAUUUUCAACUCUCCAAGCUUGAGUUUAGGCAAUGGAAUCAACCAGCACAAGCUUGUUUUCCGGUAAAAAUGAAGCCGGGUGUUCUGUUUAAAGAGCAGCCUUUUGAGAAAAGAGAACCAAGUUGAUUAGAAACCAUUCUCUCUUCCCAUUAAAUAAACUUUUGCCAGCCCUAAGACCAUCCUCCAGGUUUACUUUUGAACUGUGGUUAACAAAAUGGGGAUUGCCAAAAAGGGGGGAAAUGGUUUGAAGGGACAUUAUAGCCUCUUGCUUUUCUGCAGGUGGUCAAGGUACAUCUUCCAUUAUGAAGAAACGAAGUUGCACAACUUGGUUGCACAACAACUUUGGAAACUGACUUGUUGGCUUAUAAUCAUUCUUUUAAAAGGGAUGCAAGAAAAUGCGUUUCAAAUCCUGCCUCUUGCUCUCCAAACCAAUAAUUCUGUUUAUAUCUUUGAAAGAUAGUCCAAAAGAGGAAAACCAAACCAAACCCUUUAAUGGCGUCACCAAGGCCUUCUUAAAAAAGAACGAAAUGCCUUUUGUUUUGCUUUUCAAGUCAAAAUGUAGAGGAAACCAAGUUUCCUUGCUUAAACUUUUUUUAAUUUCUUGAAGAGCAAUAAAUGGUACAAAAUGCACGUCUUAAAAGGUUGAAGCCAUGAUAAUUAUUUGGUGCUUUCAGGGGCCGAUUAAAAUACUAGUAAGAGCUGGCUAUUGAUAUUACGAAGAUCAUAUAUCAAAAGGAGAAGAUCAGCACAAAUCAAGGUAAUUGUUUACCUUGUCAAGCGUGGCCUUAAUAUUGUUAAAACAAGAAAGGGAAAAUAGCCCUAAGCAUGCUGUGCCUCGGUAUAAAAUUGAAUAAGCAAAGUUUUGCAUUCUCUUCUCAGGACACAUUUUGCUUCUUAAUCAUAUAUGUAUUGCACAAUGAUUUCGCAAUAAUGAAAGGGCAUGUUUUGUUAUGUUUUCAAUUCCUGUGCAAAGCAAGCAAAAUAAUUGAAAUUAUUGUACUUUGUAUUGAAAUGUGAGCCCUAUGGGUUUCUUAAUAAAGAAGAAAGGUU